CCGAUGAGCUGCUUUUCUUUUUUCUCUCUCUCCUUUUAAUAGAGGCUCCAGAAAGCCUUACCAUCCAUCCAACCUUUUCUCCGCAGAAUCCAAGGGAAGCGAACGGAGAGAGGGCGAGUGGGCGACUGGCACCUGCUCCACCUGACCCAUCUGGUGCGUGCAUGUAUUCUGCUGCCAUGGCAACCGUGGGUCCUCUUCUCACAUUUUUUCUCCUGCUGCUUCAUUUGGCUGAUGGCUCAUUCCCAGAGGAGCCCAGUCCACUCAGCUACGUCCCUCUGGAGGUUGUGAGGAGGUAUCCAGUGUUUUUGGGCAGAGCUCACCGUUCGGCACAGAGACAAGAGCUGCACAUUCAGACGGUUCUCCAAGUUAACCGAACACUCUACAUAGGAGCCAGAGAUGACUUAUAUCGAGUGGAACUGGACAACAUGGCAGGUGAUGAGAUGUUCUACAGCAAGAAACGAACAUGGGAAUCCAACAAAAACGACAUUCGAGUGUGCCGAAUGAAAGGGAAACAUGAGGGAGAAUGUCGUAAUUUCGUCAAGGUUCUGCUCCAGCAGCACGGAGGCCUGUUUGUGUGCGGAACAAACGCCUUCAACCCGCUGUGUGCAAACUACACUAGAGAUACUCUAGAAAUGGUGGGCGAACCUGUGAGCGGGAUGGCGCGCUGCCCGUACGAUCCACGGCAUGCCAACGUGGCUUUAUUUGCAGAUGGAAGUCUUUUCACUGGCACCGUGACGGACUUCCUGGCCAUUGACGCCGUGAUCUACCGCAGUCUCGGCGAUAGCCCCGCCCUCCGCACGGUCAAACACGACUCCAAAUGGUUCCGAGAGCCCUACUUUGUGAGCGCCAUGGAGUGGGGGUCUCACAUUUAUUUCUUCUUCAGAGAAAUGGCCAUGGAGUUUCACCAUCUAGAAAAGGUAAUGGUGUCCCGUGUGGCUCGUGUGUGCAAAUCCGACCUGGGCGGCUCUCAGCGUGUCCUCGAGAAACAGUGGACAACAUUCCUUAAGGCUCGGCUCAAUUGUUCCGUCCCGGGAGACUCGCAUUUCUAUUUCAACCUUCUCCACGCCACAAGCGGAAUCAUUCGCAUGCAAGGGCGUGACGUCAUCUUGGGCCUUUUCUCCACGCCCCCAAACAGCAUCCCCGGUUCUGCAGUGUGUGUGUUUGACAUGCAGCAGCUCGCACACGCCUUCGAGGGACGCUUCAAGGAACAGAAGUCCCCAGAGUCCAUCUGGACUCCGGUGCCAGAAGAGGCCGUCCCGAAACCCAGACCUGGAGGAUGUGCCGUCCAAGGAUCCCGAUUUAGUUCCUCCACCACGCUACCAGAUGAGGUUUUAAACUUUGUGAAAACCCACCCGUUGAUGGAUGAGACAGUCCCAUUGCUGGGGCACAGACCCUGGGUUGUCAAGACUAUGGGCCGGUACCAGCUGACAGCUAUGGUGGUGGACACUGAAGCCGGCCCCUACAGGAAUCGCACGGUUUUGUUUCUGGGCUCGACCCGAGGGACGAUUCUCAAGUUUCUAAUGAUUCCCAAUGGGGAUUCAAUGUCUCACAGCAGUGUGUUCUUGGAGGAAGUAGAAGGUUUCAACCCCGAGAGAUGUGGUGAGGAUUCACCUCAGGCUCGCCAGCUCUUGUCUUUGACAUUGGACCACACCAGUCAUACCCUGCUACUGGCCUUCCCGUCCUGCCUGGUCCGUUUGCCCACAUCCCGUUGCCACCUGUACUCCCGUUGCAUGAAGAGUUGCCUUGCCUCCAGGGACCCAUACUGUGGCUGGACCAGAGGCAGCACUUGCUCUUUCCUUCGACCAGGAACCAGGCUUCCUUUUCAACAAGAUGUGGAAUAUGGAAACACCACAUCCCAUUUAGGAGACUGUGAUGGUAUCCUGCAGCAGAGUCUCCUCAUCGAACCCGAGAGUCUGGUCUCCCUCAACCUGCUGGUGGCAUCUGCAGUGUCGGCGUUCACCAUCGGGGCGGCGCUCUCCGGCCUCGCCGUCUGCUGGAUCAUGGCCCACAAACCUACCAACCGUCGCCAUGGCAACACCACUCAGUCGUCCAUCCAGCGGCGUGAAAGAGGCCUAUUAAGUAACGCCGGCGGAAUGGGAGGCUCUGUGCUCAGCGUGACGCGGCAGGGAGGCGGAGAGCGCACCUGCCCUCAAGGCGGGGAGACCCUCUUUGUCAUGCCCAACGGCUGGGUCAAAUCCGGAGAGCUGGACCCCGGUUUCCUCCCCACCCCGGAGCACACGCCCCAGCAGAAACGAAGAGGCCUGCGCCUGUCUGACUCCAACUCCGGCGGGUGGGACACCAGCCAGACCUACUUGGGAGGAGGCUCGGUGGGUCUAGGCUCCCCCUGUCGAAUACCCCCCUCGGUUUAUCUGACCACCAGACUGUUCCAGCAGGGGGGAGUCAGCCGACACGGAGGCGAGGGCCGGGGGUGCGACACCCCCCGACAGCACUACGUCUGCUUGAGCAGGCAGGAGAAAGGAGGCAAGGGGACGCCCAAAGCCCCCUUGAGGAAGUCGGCGGGGGAAUACGUGUACCCCAUGACGCCUCAGGACUCGCCUGAGCGGCGGAGGGUGGUCUCGGCGCCCAGCGCGCCGGCCGAGUGCGCCGAGCCUCUGCCUUUGCGCUGGCCGGCCCCGGAGGGCUACAUCCUCAGUAGCCACGCCAUGGUGCCCGUCCCCUUGCCCCCUCCUUCACUGCCUGCCCCCAGCGGUCAGACGUACAUGUCCCAACAGCACACCCCGGCUCUCACCAGAGCCCUCCUGAGGGGGGCUUUGGAGCGAGGGGAGCUAGGGGAGCUGAUGGACCUCAGCCAUCUGAUGAGUAAGAAGAACUGCAAUGACAGGACUCAGGCUGGACAGUGACUGCUGAGCCUACAUGGGCACCUUUCCGUAGACUUGUCUUGAGCCUCGUGAGACCCUCCCCACAAUUCCACCCUCUCAUCACUUGUUCACUGUCAUUCAAGCCCUCUGUGUCAGGCAACCCCCCUCUCCCUAAGCAAGGCGAGGCUUCUGUUACGACUGGCUACUGCGCCUGCCAAUCUUUUGCUGGCUCGCACUAAUUGGUCAGGUGGACGAAGGUUGUUGCUGUGUCUGCAUUGCAGAGCUGCCUCGCCUGCCAAACAUUCUCCAAGUCUGCAGGCAGAGGGCACAAGCAAGGAAAGGAGGCACUUAAAGGCCUGCUGUGCAUGCAAGGGAGGCAAACCAACAAAAUAUUUGCCUCAUGAUAAAACGAAAUGGACAAAAGUCUUGGGACAGACAUCAUUCUAAGUUAUUCCCUGGAACACAUUUUGGACUGUAUUUCCAACUCUGUGGGAACAAUUUGGAUUGGGAAGGGCUUUGCCUAUGCCACAGUGCUUCAACACAAAUAUUAAUUACGAAAUGAAUGAAUGUUUGCAAAACUUGUGUAUAACAAGUUUCGGCUUUGACAGAGGAUAGGUCAAUCUGAUUGUUUAAAGAAAGAAAGACAUUUAUCGUGUUCGUUAGAUGGGCCAGCAGUGAUUCUGAAGGCCCUGGGCAGAUUACAUUGAGAUGAUGACUCAUCAAAGAUGAAAUGUUGUAUUGCGGCAAAUAACGGUGCCCAAAGGAGUUGCCAAAGCGGAGAUAAACGCAGAUAUAACUCAAUUUUGGGCUGUCGUUCGAUUAUUAGCGUUGAGAAUUGGCAUCUCCACUUGUAGGUAUGACCUGCAAAUGUACACCUUGCCUAAUGAACAUGUUAUUAAGCUUUGGGUGACUCAUCAGAAGUCAAAAAACUAUUCAUUGACUAUAAACAGGAAGCCCCAAGGGGAAGCUGCAUCUGCUUCCUCUUUGGCUGCACUUCCACAUUUAAGUCCCUGACUGCUGUUAUUUAGUGCAUACGGCAUGCGUGUUCCAAUAGGCCGCCCUGCCUCAUAGCGAUGCAGGAUCAUAACUCUUUGGAGAGAGGAGAGGAGAGCAAGACUGAAAUGUCAGCACUAUUCGUGCCAGCCGCAUGCUCUGUGUAAUGAUGUUGUCGGCAUCUCAGUCGUCUAUUGCUCUUUUCAUCCCCCAGCGCUCCAUGUACGACUUAAUGACCGAUAAUUCCAGGAGGAUGUCUGGAAAGGUUUGCAUUGGACUGAGCAGAACACCAGACUAGGACAAAAGUGCAAUUGAUAUGAUCGGGAAUGCCUUGUCGUUUCCCACAUAUCGCAUUUAUGCCACAUUAUUGAACACGGUCCAACUCUGAUGGGAAUGAAUUUCCCUGGAAAAGCCCACUUGAGGGUCAAGGUCUCGUAGACGUGAUGCAGAACAAAGUGACAAUUACAGAGGCAGUGAUGGAAACUCCAAUGCCAAAAGGGGUAAUGGAAAUGCCCCCAGCAAGCAAAUGCAGCCAUAAAUUCUUUACCAUCAAAGUGUCGAGUCCUAUGAAAGAGUCAGCAUUUAUAUCAGCGGCAUGGAAACGGCUGCCGUGCAAAAAAAAAAAAAAAAAGAGAUGAAAUCGAGGUAAGCAAAAGCUGUAAGAAUGCUUCGUUAAAGUCGAUUUUGUUUUUGGGUCAGCUCGAUAACAUGGUGUACAUAUUAAGGUUUCGUUAGAGCUUGAAUACAAACGUCACGUCAUUAUUACUAUGAAUGUAAACUGGAAAAUACUUGCCUGCCUGUUUAAGUACACUCAAGAUGCAGUUCACCCAUAAUACAAAAUCUACAAUAUUCAGUUUGGAUUCAAUCGCAAGAUUUGGAUUUAUUUUACCGGACCCUUACUCAAGAGAUGCCUGUUUACAAAAAAAAAAAAAAAAAAUGUGUUAAAGUGCCAUGAUGACCAUUUUAGUCAACAGUGCUACUGACUAAAAUUGUUCUUAUUGCAGUAUGCUACGUGAGAUAUAUGCCCUUGACCUUACAUGCUGAAUGUUUUUCCGUUACAUGUGGGCUUGCACCAUCGAUGCAAAAGCAAAAAUUGUACUGUAAAUAUGUGUACAGACACUUGUCAAUGUGCUUUAUGAUUACUCGUGCUAUUAACAUGACACAAAUGAAAUGUAAAUGGACUGAAAGGCUGUGAGGGAUUAUGGCGUAGCUCCUUUGGUGUCAUAUUUGUCAUCCGGUUUUUUAGUCAACUGCCAUAGUGAAGGAUUUGAAGUCAAUUUGUUAACAUCCUAGCUGGGGGAGAAAAUGAUUUUAUUGGCGUUAUGCUGUGCAGUAGUAGAGAAGCACAAUGAACCCUUUUUUUUUUUUUUUGCAAUUUCAGAACUGCUGUAUCAUUUGUAGAUAAUGUAAAUAACCACCUUGUAAGUACACUGUUUGCUUUGGGGACAAAAAAGUGCUUUCCCAAGACAAAGAGCAAUUGACGUGUAAGGGUUUUAUUUGUAAUUUUUUUUUUCUUUCUUCUGUGCCAAUGCUGUGAAUAAGAUGUAUGUAAAGUAUUUAAGUGACUUUGGCUGAAUGCUGACUUCAGCCCUUUCCUGUUGUUAAGAGUAUAGAUGCGGGCCUGAUCUCAGCCAGAACUGAGCCAUUUGCCUGCCUUCUGAGUUUUUGCAGUUGUUAAAAUACUUCUGUGAUAAUAACCACCAAUCUUUGGAUUACUGCUAUUAAAUGUAAA